AACAAGGCUAUCAUUUACGUCAACGCUGCAGUGGACUUUAGUAUCAACAGGUAAUCCAGAGGGAGUGACUCCGUCCCUAAACAACUGAAACAACUGUGUUUAGACAUGGCAAAAUUCUUAUCACAAACUCAGAUUGAUGAGUUCAAAGAAUGUUUCUCCCUUUAUGACAAGAAGCGAAAGGGGAAGAUUGAUGCCAAAGACCUUAUUAUGGUCAUGCGCUGCCUCGGUACAAGUCCAACGUAUAGCGAAGUGGACAGACAUCUGCAAGUCCAUAAAAUAGAUAAGACGGGAGAGCUGGACUUUUCUACAUUUCUAACCAUGAUGCACAGACAGAUGCAGCAGGAAGAUCCUAAGACUGAAAUUCUGGAGGCUAUGCGCAUGACAGACAAACACAAGAAGGGCUAUAUUUUGGCUUCUGAGCUACGUACCAAACUCACUGGCCUGGGAGAAAAGCUCACUAAUAAAGAAGUGGAUAAUCUUUUUAAGGAGGCAAAUGUUGGAUCUGAUGGACGUAUUUACUAUGAAGAGUUCACCAAAAUGGUCACACUUCCUACAGUGGAUUACUAAUGAAUAAUCUGAUGAAGCUUUCAUGAACUCCUCUUCAGUGAAGGACAACAUCUUGGCAGCUUCAAAAUGCA